GAGCCGAGCCCGAGCCCGAGCCGAGCCCUGACACUGUCCGUCCGCCUUCUGGCUCCGCGGGAGCCCGGACUGGCUGGAGCCCAGGAGGUGGCAGCGCGGGGAGCCCCACGCGCGGAGUGAGCGGACCGGACGGGACGCGGCUAGAAGAGGCGCUGCCGCCACAGUAGCCAGUGACGGGGGUGCGGAGCCGCGGCCUCCCGGACCCUGCUGCCCAGGCCGGCCGGGGAGAGCGGGGAGUGCGACAACCCCCCCCUCGGGGGCUCCCCGGGAGCCGCCUCUCUGCCCGUGGGAGAGAAGACCCUUACCGUCCGGGCGAGGGAAAGAAGAGACCCCUGGAGGGGACAAGUCCCUCCUUCCUGGAGGCGAGGCAAAUCCCCAUACUGGCCCGGGGAUAGACCUUCAGAAGUAAAAGGGGGACGAGCCUUCCUAAGGAAGCGGAGUGAGCCCGCCCCGCGUGCCUCCACCCCUCCAAACACGCUCUCAGCACUUCGGGACUUUUGAGGCAAAGAGAAAAGGGGGUGAGCCUGCGGAAUAGGCACCCUGCAUCCUCGCCAGUGCUCACAGAGGCAGGGGACACUCCGGGGAAAGAAGAGGAGUCGGCUUUCAGCCUUUCGGGAGUGGGGAAGAACUCCCCCUCAACUUCCUUGGACCUGGACAGUGGAACAGGGCAGAGCCCCUCCGCUCACAUCUCUAGCAGACCGAAGGAGCCCUCCACUCCCGAAGGAUCCACUUUGGGGGGGAGGGGGACUCCCCCGAGGGGGAGGAGACAACUCCUGGUUGGGAGAGGCUCCUCCCCUCCUCCCCGGCGUGACUGGCAGGGUGUGGGGGGGUGCCACCUUCCCCAGGUAGGACCUCCUUCUCCUCCUCCCCCUCCUCCUGCUCCUCCCUUCACUCCUCAUCCUCAGGGGACCCAGGUCCCCUCCCCAGCUUGGAAGGCUCAACCACGUACAGGAAAAGCCACUGAGAAUGAGACUCUUCAUCUGCCUUUGAAGACGGGGCUCCCUCCAACCCCAAACUCCAGUACCAGGUGGUUCCCUCACUUUGCUGGGGGAACCUUGGAGACAGUACUGUAGUCUUCAUUAGACGCCCUGUGGAUGUGAUGGAGCCUGCCCUUUGGCUGCCUUUCCCAGUUCUGUGGGUAUUUCCUUUCAGUCUUCCAGCACGCAGAGAAGAAUGUGGCCUGACUCAGGUUCUGCCCAAGCCCAGUGGCACGAGGCCCACCUGGAGAGAGAGGUCUGGGUAACUAGAACCAAGAAGAACCAUGGCUUCUGACCUAGAGAGUAGCCUCACUUCCAUAGACUGGCUCCCCCAGCUGACCCUCCGGGCUACCAUUGAGAAGCUUGGGAGUGCCUCCCAGGCUGGGCCUCCAGGGGGCAGCCGCAAGUGUCCACCAGGCUCACCCACAGAUCCUAAUGCCACCUUGAGCAAAGAUGAGGCCGCAGUCCACCAGGAUGGCAAACCACGAUACAGCUACGCCACCCUCAUCACCUAUGCCAUCAACUCCUCUCCAGCCAAGAAGAUGACCCUCAGUGAGAUUUACCGCUGGAUCUGUGAUAACUUCCCUUAUUACAAGAAUGCUGGCAUUGGUUGGAAGAAUUCAAUUCGGCACAACCUUUCCCUCAACAAGUGUUUCCGGAAGGUGCCCAGACCUCGGGAUGAUCCUGGGAAGGGCUCUUACUGGACAAUUGACACCUGCCCUGACAUCUCCCGAAAGAGAAGACACCCUCCAGACGAUGAUCUCUCCCAGGACUCACCAGAACAGGAGGCAAGCAAGAGCCCCCGGGGAGGUGUUCCAGGGAGUGGAGAAGCCUCCCUGCCUCCUGAGGGGAACCCUCAGAUGUCACUUCAGAGCCCCACAUCUCUCGCCAGCUACAGCCAGGGCACAGGAUCUGUGGAUGGCGGAGCGGUGGCUGCAGGGGCUCCAGGCCGAGAAAGUGCUGAGGGUCCGCCUCCCUUAUACAACACGAACCAUGACUUCAAAUUCUCCUACUCAGAGAUCAAUUUUCAGGAUCUGAGCUGGUCCUUCCGCAACCUCUACAAGUCCAUGCUGGAGAAGUCUUCGUCCUCCUCUCAGCAUGGCUUUUCGUCUCUCCUGGGCGACAUGGCACCCUCUAACAACUACUACAUGUACCAGCAGCAGCAGCCGCCACCUCAGCAGCAGCAGUCACCACAGCCACAGCCCCAGCAGUCACAGCCCCAGCAGCAGCAGCAGCCAGCCCAGGGCCCUUCAGCUGUAGGGGGUGCUCCUCCACUGCACACCCCAAGCCCAGAUGGUUGUACCCCACCAGGGGCGAAGCAAACUGGGGCUGAAGGCUACGGGCCUCCCUCUUUGAUGGCCAUGCAUCCACCCCCCCUGCAGCACGGAGGCUAUCACCCUCACCAGCAUCAUCCCCACUCCCACCCUGGCCAACAGCCACCACCGCCACAGCCACAGGCACAAGGCCAGGCUUCUAUCAACAGUAGUGGUUUUGCCUUUCCUCCCGACUGGUGCUCUAAUAUCGACUCCUUAAAGGAAAGCUUCAAGAUGGUGAAUCGGCUCAAUUGGUCCAGCAUCGAGCAGUCACAGUUCUCAGAACUGAUGGAGAGUCUACGACAGGCAGAGCAGAAGAACUGGAGCCUGGACCAGCAUCACAUCGCCAAUCUGUGCGACUCCCUCAACCACUUCCUCACUCAGACUGGUCACAUGCCCUCCCAAGGGGGCUCCCACCGGCCAUCAGCCCCUCCCCGUAUUACUGACUCCUGUGCCCUCACGAGUGGCAAACAGGAGGCAGCCCUGACCCAAGUGAACUCUUAUGGGCACCCACAAGCCCCCCACCUCUACUCUGGCCCAUCACCAAUGUACCCAAUCUCCACCCAGGACUCAGCAGGAUACAAUCGCCCAGCACAUCACAUGGUCCCUCGGCCACCGGUUCCACCUCCUGGUGCCAGUGAGGAGAUCCCCGAUGACUUCGACUGGGACUUGAUCACUUAGUGCAUCACAGAGUGUGACUGUCAGCCCAGGGCUGGAUGGCGAAGUCUGGCAGUGGGGAAAGAGCAGCCCCAGCCCAUCCUUCCCCCCGUUGCCUGUAUAUAGAUAUAUAUUCUGGUUUUUUUCCUUUCUCUGUCAGAGAAGCCACCGCAAGAUGCUGCCGAAGAUAACCCCUCUUUCCUGCCUCAUUCUUCCUCUUCUUCUUUUUUCCUAAUUCCUUUAGUAUUAUUCUUAUUAUGUUGUUAUUAUUAUUAUUAUUGGUUAUAUGCAACCUCCUCUCUCCUGUUCCUAUACCCCUGACUGUGUGCACCCCUUGCUAAUUUAAAGUCCUCUGGCUGGAAGGUGAGGCCAUGAUGGCCACAGAGAAAGGUUUCAAAUUCGGAUUUAUACCUUUCUAUCUGAGAAAUUCAGUGCUAAUCCCACCUUUCAGCCCUAAAUUUUUUUUCUGUUCUUGUCAAUUCAGUCCAGGACUGGAGAGGCCACGUUUUCGAGCAGAAGGGAUCUCUAACACUGCUUGGCAGUCAUGACUUAGCAGGUUUUACUCAAUGGUGCUAAUUUUGUCCUCUGAGCUCUUCCUUGUCCCUUUAUAUCUUCAAUUCUUUCUCCUGGCGAUUCUUUCUCCUUUCAUCAUGGUGGUGGUGCCGGAAGGUGACCAUAAAAUGCUAGUGGAAUAAGAGGCUGGGCUGGUGGAGUGGAAUACCGCAGCAGGGCGAUGGCAUCUAAAACAGCUGGGGACUGGUAACUAAUACCAUGGCAGGUCAGGGUCCGCUGGCUCAUCCCCAGGCCAUCCUCCGUGGGAGACACGGGGGCUGUGAGCCAGGCCUCUGCUGCGGUGGUGGGCGGAGGACAGCUGUUCCGCACAGGUUCGGCUUUUUGGAGAUGUUUUCAGUUUAGCCCUUUUGGCUGUUUAAACAUAAUUUUCUCUGAAAAUUAACAGUGGCUCUUAUCUGUAUUUGCCAGUUGUUCUUCAAUCCCCGUUUCCCAUUCAGCAAAUACUGUUAUGUCCUCUCUCAGUUGUUCACCCCACUCUUCUUCUCCUCACCUUAUUUUUUUGCCUUAUUUUCCAGCACUCUUCAUUUCAUCAUGUUUUAAGACAGGAUGGGAAUCUCUUUCCCACCUGCCCUGGAGAACCAAACGGGAUUGGUGAUAGGUGGGUGGGGAAAGCAAAAUGCAGCUGGCAUUGACAUGGGAAGGGAAUGUUUCAGUUACUUAACUAUGUAGGCAAAUGCUUCUGUUGGAAUCCAGAUCAUUGGGGCUGAAACUUUUGCAAUAGUCUUUUGAGGGGCAAAGGCAUUGGUAGUGUGGGGUAAAUAAUCUAGAGUGAAGUAUUCACUGGGGGCCAAGGGAAACCCCCAGAAAAAGGUAUAGGGAUAACUUAUCUCCUUUGACAAGGAAUGGCCAUGGUUUAUUGCUGCAAAGUACUUAGUGUAUAUAUAAGGUUAAUUACUGAAUUUUACUCAUGGGGGAAAGAACAGUUUUACUUCUGUUUUUCUCUGUUUAGUUUCUGAAAACUACAGGACAAACGUAUGGGCUGGACAGGGCAACUCUCUUUGAUUUCUGCUUUAUUAUCAUAUUCUUUUGUUUACUGAGGAUUUCCAAGAGAUUUAUCUUUCUACUCUCCUGCUUUUUCCUUCUCCCACCCCUUCUCCUGGCUGUAAGGGGUUACAUAUGGGAGUUUGCUGAAGAAGUCUAGUGAGGCUGCAGUGAAGGGGCAAGAAAGGGCAGUUGACUAAAGAGCACUUUAUUUCUUUGAAGUUCUUUGUACGAGGUGGGGGUGUGAGUGGCUUGAGUUCCCCCUGUUGUGUUAGAGGGCAGUUAGUGGGGUUGAAGAAUGACGUCAUAUUUUCCACUGGGGAAAGGAGAAUUUCUCUUAGAGGGCAGCACAAUGCCUUUGCCCAGUGUUCCUAUUUUGGGCAUCUCUUCCUUAUUCCUUCCAAUCAAGGUGCCUCUUGCACACAAUUUCCAUCUAUCCUCCCUAAGAAGUCCCCUUUACCUAUUAUCACUCCUCUUUUGUAAAUCACUUUUCUACUCAGAUCCAGACAGGGUUUGCAAGGGUAGAUUAAAUCAUACAUGUGAGUAUCCCUUGUUUGUAAUUCAUCAGUGUCUUAAAGAAAAACUAGCCCCGUUAACUCUGGUGGGCUGCCAGAGUAACUGAAGUUUGGGGCUAGAGCUGGAGACUGGCCAUCAGGCCUCCUGGGAAUUUAGGUCCCCGCCACUAAAUUCAGCCCUGCUCAGUGGCACAGGACAAACUUGACCCUCUUUGGGCCUCAGUUCCCUGCCCCUCCAUGAAAUGGAAGAAUACUACUUUUUCUUGUUGGUUCGGCAUUGCUGGACUUGAAGUAUAGUCAUUGUAUUAUAUUGGGUGAUGUGUGCAAAGCUGCAGAAGCUCACUGCCUGCAAGAGGAAAUAAGGGAGAAAAUGAGAGGGACAGAAGGAGCAAUUGCUUGGUAUAGAUUCACCCAUCCCUGCCUUCCUCUCUUCAACCCCUGUGUCUCUGGUUUGGUGAGUCCUUCCUACCACCCAUAAUGCUUUGCAUCGGUGCAGGCUGGGAAGGGGGUAUGGUCUCACAAUUGUUGUUGUUGUUUUUUGCAUGCUUUCUUAAUAAAAACAAAAAAGAAUGUUUAUGGUUUUA